UAUUUGUGAGUGAGAGGGCGGCAAAUGAAAAGAGAAUUGGAAAAAGAAGUAAUGCAAGCAAACUGAAAAAGAAAAAGACAGAGCCAGAAAUGGUUCAACAAACACAUCACAUAGAAAUAGGAGCAGGUCAAAGUCUUCAAAAGUGUGUGUAUUCCGGGAAAAGGACGCAAGCAACAAAAAGAGAGAGAAAGAAAUAAAUUAAAGAGAGAGCAGAGCACGGGAACACUGAUGUAAGGACACUAGCUAGGGGGUCCUCACGCUUCUCUUCCACUCCACAUUUACUUCAAAUCACCAUUUUCAACUUGGUGAUUAUUUUUUUAGUUUCACUCUUUCUCUCUGAAUGAAGUGAAGUGAAGUGGGUUUGAUUUUCAGCUGAAAAAAUGGAGCAGUAUGAAGUUCUAGAACAGAUUGGCAAGGGUUCCUUUGCUUCUGCUCUGCUUGUCAGGCACAAGCACGAAAACAAAAAGUAUGUUCUUAAGAAGAUUCGCCUUGCCCGCCAGACUGACAGAACACGUAGAUCUGCACACCAGGAGAUGGAGCUCAUCUCUAAAGUGAGAAAUCCAUUUAUUGUAGAGUAUAAAGAUUCAUGGGUAGAAAAGGGUUGUUUUGUAUGUAUUGUCAUUGGCUACUGUGAAGGAGGAGAUAUGGCUGAAGCUAUUAAAAAGGCCAAUUGUGUUCAUUUUUCGGAAGAGAGGCUUUGUAAAUGGCUUGUUCAACUGCUGAUGGCACUUGAUUACUUGCAUGCAAAUCAUAUUCUUCAUCGUGAUGUCAAGUGUUCAAAUAUCUUUUUGACAAGAGAUCAAGAUAUACGUCUAGGUGACUUUGGUCUUGCCAAAAUGUUAACAUGUGAUGAUCUUGCUUCCUCGGUUGUGGGAACACCAAGUUAUAUGUGCCCAGAGCUCCUGGCUGAUAUACCCUAUGGCUCUAAGUCAGAUAUCUGGUCUUUGGGAUGCUGUGUAUAUGAAAUGGCUGCUCACAAGCCAGCUUUUAAAGCUCUUGAUAUGCAAGCAUUGAUUAACAAAAUAAACAAGUCUUUAGUGGCUCCACUACCAACAAUGUAUUCUGGUUCUUUUCGAGGCCUUGUGAAGAGUAUGCUACGGAAAAAUCCAGAGCUUAGGCCAAGUGCAGCAGAGUUACUCAAUCAUCCACAUCUUCAACCUUAUAUUCUUAAAGUUCACAUAAAACUAAAUAGCCCCAGAAGAAGUACUUUUCCUUUCCAAUGGGCUGACUCAAACUAUGCAAGGAGAACACGGUUUGUAGAGCCAGCAUCUUUUUCCACUCUUUCUGUCUCCGACAGAGGUAAACGAUUGUCAUUCAGUAAUGACAGGGCCUUGAAUCCUAGUAUUUCUGGAACUGAACAAGGUUCUCUGUGUUCUACUCAAAGAGCACAAGGAUUCUCUGCUUGUUCAAAAGACAAACAUUAUGAACAAUCUGUUGGCUGUGUCAGUGAAGAAUGCAAUAUGCCAAGAAUGAGAACAGCUAAGGAAUCUGCCACCCCCAGACGACACACAAUACCAUCGAAGAUACCCCGAAUUAGUUCCAAAUAUGAUUCACUUCCAGCAUCUUAUACUCCAGCUGGUAAACUUACCCCACCAACUCGCAGAGCUUCCCUUCCACUGCCUACAACAACCAUGGCCACUACUACCCCUUAUAGAACCAGUGUCGGUUUUCUUCGUAGUGUGGAUUCUCCUAAUAUUUCUGUUAAUGCGCCACGAAUCGACAAGAUGGCUGAAUUCCCUCUGGCCUCCGGUGAGAAUAUUCCUCUCUUCCCUGCUCGUAGAGCUUCAUCAACAUCAGCUCAGUGCUCUUCUGGUUCCCCAAGGAGCAUUAUUGACUGCACAAUCACAAAGGACAAAUGCACAAUCCAGGUUGUGGACAAAGCCAGUGUCCCUACCAGUGGCAGUGAUGGUGGUGCUGCAGUUUCACAUAGCAACGAGUGCUCUGAACAUGUAGCAACUGCUGUUUCAAGCCGUAGCCAUUCCUCCUCUGCUGAGUCUUGCCAGCGCAGGUUUGACACCUCGUCUUACCAGCAGCGAGCGGAGGCAUUGGAGGGGUUGCUUGAGUUCAGCGCACGGCUCCUGCAACAGCAGAGGUUUGAAGAGCUUGGCGUGUUGCUGAAGCCGUUCGGGCAAGAGAAGGUUUCUCCAAGGGAAACAGCUAUUUGGUUGACUAAGAGCUUCAAAGAAACUGUGGUAUGAGGCUUUCUGAUGCACAUGCACUUUUGUGAUCACUAACAACAGUGUAAAUCAAUGUAGCAGUAGACAGUAGUACUUUAUAUGUAGCUAGAAUUUGAAGGGUAACUUAGCUUCUAAUCUUAUAAUUCUAGUUGACUCCGUAGGUAGGCAUUUCUUAGACAGUUUCAACUUUCAAGUUUAAUGUUAAUGACUUUCUCAUCAAAAUAUCAGUAUAGAUGUUCAAAUUCUUCUGUUUGCGGGAAAAGAAA